AUGGGCCUCCCCGACCCGGCAGCGACACCAGACUACACCACGUGGACACCCGCCCAGCUGCAAAAACGCAUAGCAGACCUAGAAACCCAGCUCUUGAACAACCGCAUCGCACCCGUUCCCGAUCCUUCGAUCGUGCUCCCUCCGAAAAAGAAGCAAAAGCAAGAUCGCCCUUUUGAUGCCAGUCGCUACAACACCAGACACAUUGCGCUAAAGUUUGCGUACUUGGGUCAGAGGUAUAAUGGUUUUGAACACCAUACGGGAAACAAGACGCCAUUGCCUACUAUCGAGGAAGAGUUGUGGAAGGCCUUGACAAAAACGCGGUUGAUCUUUCCUUCAAGGCAGGGACAAUUGAAGGAAGGAGAAAUUGAUUGGGAGGGCACAGAUUACUCAAAAUGUGGCAGGACGGACAGAGGUGUCAGUGCCUUUGGCCAAGUCAUCGGUAUCCGCGUGCGUAGUCUGCAGCCUAUGCCAAAGGAAAAGCCAACCCAAGAAGAGAAUGCAGAUGCAAUGCAAGGAAUCGAGGGAAACGCGAAAGAGCAAGAAGUCAAGGAAGAGGACAAGAAACCGGAGAAGCCUUGGGAUCAUAUCAGGGACGAGCUACCGUAUAUCCAACUGCUCAACCGCGUCUUGCCUGAAGACAUCAGGGUGCUCGCUUGGUGCCCUGCUCCUCCUGCCGACUUCAAUGCCAGAUUCAACUGCCGCGAACGCCGAUACCGUUACUUCUUCACCCAACCUGCUUUUGCACCAGUCCCCGGAGACGCAGGGUUGAUGACCACGGCAACCGGAAAGACAUUAAGAGAAGGAUAUUUGGAUAUUGAAGCCAUGCGCGAUGCGGCGAAAAGAUAUGAGGGAUUACACGAUUUCCGGAAUUUCUGUAAGGUGGAUCCAGCAAAACAGAUCACGAACUUCGAGAGGAGGAUCUUCAAGGCAUCGAUUGAGGAGGUCGAUGUAAGUCAGACGCCUGCAGGUUUCAUAUCCCAUCCGGCAUUUGCACAGGCUGUAGAUGGUGAGAACAAGACCGGGGUGAACGGUGACUUGAGCAUUCCCAAGAUCUAUACCUUCGAUGUCAACGGGUCUGCUUUCUUGUGGCACCAGGUGCGCCAUUUGGUCGCAGUUUUGUUCCUGGUCGGUCAAGGAUUCGAGCCUCCAUCAAUCAUCUCGGAUCUGCUAGACAUGGAGAAGUAUCCUACAAGGCCAAAGUAUGAGAUGGCAACAGAUGCUCCACUCGUUCUCUGGGACUGCAUCUUCCCCGACCAUGACGAUAAUGACCAGAGCAGAGAGGAUGCAAUGGAUUGGAUCUAUGUAGGCGAAACCGGCGGUCGUGAAACCAACAAGCGUCCCGAUCUGGAUGGUGGAGACAGCAAGUUUGGAAAGGGCGGAAUCAUGGACUCGAUAUGGGAGGUUUGGCACAAGCGCAAAAUGGACGAGAUGCUGGCUGGCAGUCUAAUGGAUAUUGUCGCUGCACAAGGUAAGCGAUCACCCGCAGAUGUCAAACUGCCUCCAGCGACCGAGAGGAGUCCUAGACUGUUUGAUGGCGGCGAUUGGCCCAGACCAGUAGGCACGUAUGUUCCCAUUGCUCGCAAACAGAGGAUGGAGCCUGUUGAGGUGGUGAACGCCAGGUAUCUCGAGAGAAAGGGUCCGUACAAGCCCAAGUUUAUGCGCAAGGAUGAGGGAGAUGAGUAG